AGGCCGUGGGUCAGUGCGCGAAGCGGCAGAGAGGAGCGGAGGAACCGGCGGAGGAGCAGAGAGGAGCUCCCACCUGCAUCAUGAGACUCGUUGUGAUCCCGCUGCUCUUCUCGCUCAGACUCGGUGCUCUGGAGCAGUCACUGUCAGGAAUGUACGGCAUCUUGCACUCGCCGAACUUUCCGGAGCCGUAUCCCCGGGAGACGGAGCUGCGGUGGAACAUCAGUGUUCCCGAUGGCUUCCAGAUCAAACUCUACUUCAGCCACUUUGACCUGGAGCCGUCCUACCUGUGCGAGUAUGACUACGUCAAGAUUGAGGCUGAAGGGGAAGUGCUAGCGUUGUUCUGUGGGAAGGAGGAGACGGACACGGAGGCAGUGCCAGCUCAGCAGGUCAUCACCUCCCCCAGAAAUUCCCUCAGUCUCCUUUUCUCCUCCGACUUCUCCAAUGAGGAGAGGUUCUCUGGAUUCAUGGCUCACUACAGCGCUGUGGAUGUAGACGAGUGCAGCAAGCAGAGCGACGAGAACCUGCUGUGCGAUCAUUUCUGCCACAACUACAUUGGAGGAUACUACUGCUCCUGCCGCUAUGGUUACCUGCUGCACUCUGACAACUGUACCUGCAGAGUGGAGUGCAGCAGUGAUGUGUUCAGGGAACGCUCCGGUGUUCUAAGCAGCCUUGAUUUCCCUGCUCCGUACCCAAAGAGCUCUGAGUGCUCAUACCGUAUUGAGGUGGAGGAGGGCUUCAGGCUCCGCCUCCAGUUUGAUCCCCACUUCGAUGUGGAGGAUCACCCUGAUGUCAGCUGCCCCUACGACUACAUUAAGAUUAAAGCAGUAAGUGGUGAGUUUGGUCCGUUCUGUGGCAGUCGCUCUCCAGGAGUCAUCCAGACCAACAGCAGCGUCGCCACGGUCGUCUUCCACAGCGAUAACUCUGGAGAAAACCUCGGCUGGAGGCUCACCUACACAGCUACAGGAAGUCAGUGUCCAGUGCCUGAGACUCCACCCAAUGCCUUGAUUAACCCCAUCCAGUCAGAAUACUCCUUUAAAGACCACGUCCUGUUCACCUGUGAGCCUGGAUACCGGCUGCUGAAGGACCGGGAAUAUCUGGAUCAUUAUCAGAUAGACUGUCAGGCUGACGGAUCGUGGAGCAGCCGCCCUCCUCCGUGUCAAAUGGUGGAUUGUGGGAGUCCAAAGAUGGUUGACAGGGCUGAUGUGGUGUUUGGUAACCAUGACAACAGCACGCUGUUCGGGGCGACUGUUGGAUACGUGUGCAAGGACGGCGGCGUGCAGCUGAACACUUCAUACAGCUGUGGUCCAAAUGGAGACUGGAUUGAUUCCGAAGGAAGAACUGCGCUUCCCAGCUGUCUGCCAGCCUGCGGCCGUCCUUCCCGACCUCUCCCCCCUCAGGCAAAGCGGAUUGUGGGCGGUCGGAGUGCCCGGCCGGGCUUCUUCCCCUGGCAGGUUCUGCUCAGUGUGGAGGACCUGUCCAGGGUCCCUGAGGACCGCUGGUUCGGCUCCGGGGCCCUGCUGUCUGAGUCCUGGGUCCUCACGGCUGCCCACGUCCUGAGGUCCCUGAGGAGGGACACCAGCGUCGUCCCUGUGGCUGCCGACCACGUCAAGGUCUUCCUUGGUUUCCACGAUGCCAGAGACAAACGUCAGGCCACCAACCGCUCAGUGGACCAGAUCUUCCUCCAUCCGGACUUCCAACCCAACAACUACAACAAUGACAUUGCCCUGCUGAGGCUGAGCGAGCGGGUGGAGUUUAACCAGCUUAUCCGUCCAGUCUGUCUCCCACCACCUCAUGGACAGGAUGACCCCCCUGCACCUCUCCCCAACUCUCUGGGUGUAGUUGCUGGUUGGGGAAUCUCCAACCCCAAUGCCUCUACUUCUUCCUCUCCCUUGCCCACACUGACCUCUGACCCUGCAUUGACCACUGAACUUGGGAUGACCUCUGACCUCCUGCAGUAUGUGAAGCUUCCGGUGGUCUCCCAGGUUGAGUGUGAGGCGAGCUAUGCAUCGCGCUCUGUCAGCUACAACAUCACUGACAAUAUGUUCUGUGCCGGCUUCUUUGAGGGGGGGCAGGACACCUGCCUGGGGGACAGUGGGGGUGCGUUUGUGAUGGAGGAAGAAGUCAGCCAGAGGUGGGUGGUGUUUGGGUUGGUGUCCUGGGGCGGACCGGAGGAGUGUGGAAGUCGAAGAGUGUAUGGAGUCUACACCAGAGUGCCUAAAUAUGUGGUAUGGAUACGGAGUCAUCUUCAUGCUGCCCCCUGGUGGUGAUGUGUCCUCUCUGUCCUGAUGGUGUUUACGGUUUUUUUAAACCACGAGGAGGAACAAAUUUUCCAUAAAAAACAGACUUUAACUUAAAUCCCACUUUCUUCAAGGCAGAGCGAUGAAAGCUGCUUCAGCCUUCCAAAGUGCAAGCCACUUUGCAACCCACCUCCACCCCUGCUCCCAUUUUCAUGCUGUAUCUGCCUUAAUAUCAUAUCACAUAUACCACCAGAUACAAACAGAUGGAAAUUAAUUAUCAUUCAGUGGACCAACUAUUUUUUCUUCUACAUGACUUGACUAGUCUGAGAAUUUGGUAAACCCCAUGAGGUUUUUCACACAAUGGGCCAGACUGACGGUAACCUGUUAAACGGAACGAGUGGAACAAACUGCUGCGGGAUCAAAGCACAGCAGAAAUAUUCACCGCAUGAAGUUUACGUCUCAGAGAGAACAGAUGAGCAGAAAGAGUUUCCUGUUUUCAGUUCGUAUGUAAACCUCAGAAUUACUGAGAAGCCUGUUUUUUAAUGCAUGACAAUAUGUAACACACUCCUAAUGUUACUGUGAUCCUAUAUAAGAAGUCACGUUGUUUCAUUGCUGUUACAUUUUACACUAAACACUGUAUGAAUCACACAGAAGCUCUUAUUAAAGAACUGAAAUCACCAA